AUGAGACUGGUAUACUCGAGAGCUUCAAAGGUGCUCAUCUGGGUAGGCAAUGCGGACGACGAGACCGAGAGUGCCAUGGAAUUGAUCUCAACAUGGGUUCUCCAGAUUGAAGCCGGAAAAUUCAAGAGUGUUAUCCGCAGAUUGUCUUUCUAUGCGAAGAUGGGAGCCACCUGGAUGCAGCGCUAUGAGCCCGUCACCCAGCUUCUCAACCGACCUUGGUUCCACAGAGCUUGGACUUUUCAGGAAGCCUGCCUGGCAACCAGCGCAGAGUUGAUGUGCGGUCACAUGUGUCUUCCAUGGACACAUGUCACAAAGUUAGCUCUUGCGCUUGAGAGCACAAGCUUGGCGCAGAGAAUCCUGGGUUUCACCGCCGACAGCAUUCUUGCACUGGCUCACGUUGCGGCAAUGACGGAUGAAUCCGCCCAGAGGGCUGCACCGGACCUUAGCUCACUUCUGCGGCUCACCAGGAGCCGUAACGCAACGGAUCCUAGAGACAAGGUCUUCGCUCUCCUAGGAAUGCUCACUGAAUCCACCAAUCCUGGUAUUCAACCCGACUAUUCUGGUUCAAAUGCCGUCGCGGAUGUCUACACCCAAUGCACACGUCGCGUCAUCGCAUACGAACAGGAUAUCUCCAUCUUGUCAAACAGCCUUGGUCCUAUGCAAGCCUCGGACAUACCUUCCUGGGUCCCCGACUGGCGAAUUCCGCGGCGAACUGCAACACUUCGCUACUUCGAGUGGCCUUCUAAAGACUUACCGUAUUACCACAUCAACGAGAACUGUCCAUUCACUCAACCGAUGCCACAAGAUGGAUUCGAGAGUCCCAGUAUGUCUUUGCGCGGUGCCUGUCUUGCGACAGUGACAUCGAUACACCCACUGGAGACCCUCACCACUCGCCUUGAAAAAGGAAAAGCCGGUAUAAAUUUGGGUGGCAUGUUCACACGCUGUUGGAAUUCAUUCUCGCCAUUCCUUCAUCAACUGACGCUCUCCCUCGGAUUCGAUGAUUCAUCACGGUAUGUUCAGACAGGCGAGUCUUUUAUCAUGGCCAUUUUUCGCACAACAUUUGCCGAUCGCCUACCAAAGGCGGCCGACUUGCGGGCAUUCAUCAAAGAGACACUGAGGAUGCUCCAGCAAGAGCCGGAAGCAUCAGCAUAUGUUGGAGAAUUGUCUUCCGAGCAGUUGCAAGACUUUCACCGGCGUGUUCCGGAUCACUGGGUUGCCGCUGCGCCGUCUCUCCAGGACAUCGCCUUCCAGGAAGGAGGUGAUGCACGUGAGGGAUCAUGGAGUGAGAUGCAGGCGUUUCUAUACAUCUACGACAUGGCACUCAAUGUCCUGGACUAUCCACUAUACUACUAUGGCGGAGGCUCUGGAGAGGCCGCCUUGCUUCCAGCACGUCAGGAACCGUUUUGCAAUCUUGCUUCUUGGAAUGUUUUGGAUAAAAUCAGCUCCGCCAUUAUGACAUUCACGCGUGGCAGAGUGUUUUACUACGGACAACGGUCUGAUUGGUAUUGGUCCAGACUGCACCAAGGAGGGAGAUCAGGUAUGGGACCUCUUGGGCGGGCACGUGCCGUAUCUGUUAAGACACGAUGGUAG